CUUCAUUUGAAAGGUACAAUCUACCUUCAUCAUAUCAGCAUUGUCAAGUAGCGGCACUAUAGUCUAUAGCGGUAUAAUGUAGCAGAAUUUAAACAAAUCGUUAUUGUUCUGCGAUGCACGGUUUAAUACAAAGUGUUGUCAAAUAGUGUACAAUCUACUUUAACAUUGUUUUUACUUGGUUCCUUGUUCAUUUGUUUUCGAUUAGUUGUAAAUUUCAGGACUUGUUUGGAUUGACUUAUUUGAAUUUAUCUACCUGCAUAAACACUUGUGCGACCGUUUGGGAGAGAUUGUGAAAACAACUCAUGACAUGUCCAUUGGCUCUUUCCAGGAUAGCUUAUGAAAACAACUUAUAGCUUAGAUAAAAACAGUUUGACUUUAUUUUAUCGUUUGUUAUAGACAUAGCUUAUACAUAAGCACUUAUCUUUGAUAUAUGCUGAUGCAGAUUCUGAGGUACUUCAAUCUCUGAUACAAUGGGUGGUUGUGCGUCAGUACCUUCUAAGGCAAUAAAAGCACCAAAGAAGCUUCAAAGAAGGAUAAUAAGACGCCGUCGACGAAAGAUAUCAAAUUCAGUUACUAAGGAUAUCAAGAAGAAGAAUAGCAAUGCAGGAGGACGGGGCGUAACAGAUUAUUCUGUAAGUGAAUUUGUUCGUAGGGACUUCGAAAAUGGUGCAACUACUAAAUGUAAAAGAUCUGAAGUUUGUAAUUCAGCAUACCAUCUUACUCAACUUGAAUGGCAUCAUAGUCAAUAUGAUGCUGAUGCAAACUUAAUGUGUCAAGAAGAGAAUUACUUUGAUUCAGUUAGUAUUCUGGAUUCUGAUUCAGAGGAUGAGUUUAAUAGUGUUCAUGGAGAUGGUUUUCCGAUGGCAGGAAGCACAGGUGGAAGCAUGUCAUGUGGCCAAGUGCUCCAAUAUGAAGGAAGAUCAACAUGUGUCGUGGAAAAUAACUGUCAAUAUGAAGAAUAUCAUGAAAGUUAUGUUAAGGUUGAUGGAGGGAAUAACACAGAUAAGUUAAAAGGAAGAGAUGAAAAUGGCUUUGGCUUAAUCAAUGCACAACAUGGUUAUGGACUUCCUCGCUUAGGAAAGAAUCAAGGAAGCUUUAAAGGUUUAAAAGAAAGUAAAAAUAAUGCUGAAGAAAAUACUCAAGAGAACACAAAGAAAUCAAGCGUGAAUCGGUUAGCACCGUCCGUUAGUUUCAAUAAUCGGCCGAGCAAAAAGCUGUCAACGAUUUUCAGGCUUUCGUUCAAGCGAAAAUCUUGUGAUGUAGAGGAAUCACCUGAGCUUAGUCAAUCAACAAGAUAUCUGAUCCGUCCACGAGCAGGAUAUACAAUUUCAUGUCAGAAUGGAGAGAAACUGUCUCCUGGAUGUUGGUCUGAAAUUCCGCCUUCAACAUUUCAACUCCGCGGUGAAAACUAUUUCAAGGACAAGAAAAAGACUCCUGCACCAAAUAAUAGUCCAUACAUUCCAAUUGGUGUUGAUCUAUUUGUUUGUCCAAAAAAGAUAGAUCAUAUUGCUAGACACAUUGAGCUUCCAAAUUUGAAAUCCAAUGGAAAAAUCCCCCAACUUCUUAUUGUAAAUAUUCAGUUACCUACAUAUCCAGCUGCAAUGUUCCUUGGUGACAGUGAUGGAGAAGGGAUGAGUCUUGUAUUGUAUUUCAAAGUUUCUGAGUCUCUAGAUGAUCACAUUUCUUCUCAGUUUCAGGAAAGCAUAAAGAAACUCAUUGAUGAUGAGGUGGAAAAGGUAAAAGGAUUUGCAAAAGAUUCUAAUGUUGCUUUUAGAGAAAGACUAAAGAUUAUGGUAGGACUUGUUAAUCCUGAGGAUAUGCACUUGAGCUCUACUGAGAAGAAGCUAGUUCAAGCUUAUAAUGGAAAACCUGUACUCUCAAGACCACAACAUAACUUCUACAAGGGACCAAACUACUUUGAGAUUGAUCUUGACAUUCAUCGGUUUAGCUACAUAUCAAGAAAAGGACUCGAUGCAUUUCGAGAUCGGCUAAAAGAAGGCAUUCUUGAUCUUGGCCUAACCAUUCAGGCACAGAAACAAGAAGAGCUUCCAGAAAAAGUGCUAUGCUGCAUUAGAUUGAACAAGGUUGAUCUUGCUGACAAUGGCCAAAUACCAAUGCUAAUGACUUUUGAUGGUGAAAGCUAAGGGUUUUCAUGAAUAUAUUGUGAGAAUAGCAUUCAACAAUAUACAAACUAAUUAAUACAUGUAAUAAUAGUAAUUCAUUUAAUUAAAUUAGAUGAGGAAAAAGUGGGAGUUUAAUGUUUUUAUGUUGGAUAUGCAAACUUCUGUAGUCAUAUACUUAUAUUCAAAUGUACAUUAAGGUAAAAAAAAAAAUUAAAAGGGUGAUUAACAUGUAUAAUAGACAAAUGACAUGAAAUGUAAAAAAAUAAAAAAUAAAA